AUGAUCGAAAAGGCGGUCGGACAAGCUUCCUUCUCAUCUGAUGCCUCCUCUGUACAGGACCACUCGGCACGCGUAGCUACGCUGGCAAGACGCCUCACUCAACAGAGCACUCAGUCCCGUGCUUUUCAAGGAGUAAACCCGUUCCUAAAGCCUUCCCCGGAACUCGACCCGAAUUCUCCCUAUUUCGAUGCAAGAGAGUGGGUUAAGACUCUUCUGCAUGCCUUCGCUCAGGAGCCAGACAAGUAUCCUCGACCACCCGUUGGUGUUUCCUGGCGCGACCUAGGAGUGUAUGGCUUCGGCAAAGACACCGACUACCAGAAAGACUUUCUUAACGUUCUCUGGCGAGCACCCCUGAUUGCUCGGGAAUGGAUUUCACAUAGGCAACGUAAGAUUCAGAUUCUAGAUGACUUUGACGGAGUGGUGAAGAGUGGCGAGAUGCUCUUGGUCUUGGGGCGUCCUGGCAGUGGUGUAUCAACUUUGCUGAAGACUAUCGCCGGCCACGUACAUGGCCUAUACCUUGACGAGCAGUCCCAUAUCAACUAUCAAGGCAUACCAUGGGACCUUAUGCACAGUCGCUUUCGUGGAGAAGUUAUCUACCAAGCCGAGACCGAUGUCCAUUUCCCUCAGAUGACCGUUGGCCAGACGCUUCAAUUUGCUGCGUUGGCUCGAACGCCUAAAAACCGGCUCCCAGGCGUUAGUCGCGAGACGUAUGCUCAGCACUUAAGGGAUGUGGUCAUGGCUGUUUUCGGCAUAUCACACACCGUAAACACAAGGGUCGGCGAUGAUUUCAUUCGAGGUGUUAGUGGUGGCGAGCGAAAACGAGCUAGCAUUGCCGAAGUCACCCUAAAUCAGAGUGCCAUCCAAUGCUGGGACAAUAGCACCAGGGGGUUGGAUUCUGCAACCGCGCUUGAAUUUGCCAAGACUCUCAGACUCUCCACGGAGCUGGGAGAGACCGCAGCCAUCGUUGCCAUGUACCAAGCUUCACAGCCAGCCUACGAUGUUUUCGAUAAAGUCGCUGUAUUAUACGAAGGAAGGCAGAUUUACUUUGGUCCUAAGGAUGAAGCCAAGACGUAUUUUACCAACAUGGGAUAUCAUUGUCCUGAUCGUCAAACCACGGCUGACUUCCUUACCUCUCUUACGAAUCCAUCUGAACGUGUAAUUCAACCAGGUUUCGAGGAUAAGGUUCCGCGUACCCCAGAAGAGUUUGCGCAGGCAUGGAAGCAGAGUGAGGCGAGAGCACAGCUCAGAAGGGAGAUCGAGACCUUCGAGCAGGAGUAUCCGACAAAAGGCCAUCAUCUUCAAAUGCUGAAAGAGUCCCGAAAGGCUCAGCAGGCCUCAUUCACACGAAACCAGAGUCCAUAUACCAUUUCCACCCCGAUGCAAAUUCGCCUCUGUAUGACUCGGGGCUUCCAGCGUAUCGCGGGAGAUAUGACAUUUGUCAUCGUUACCAUCCUAGCCAAUCUUAUUAUAUCGUUGGUGCUCGGGAGUAUCUAUUAUAAACUCCCCCCUGUUGCCGAGAGCAUGAAUAGCAGAUGUGUCCUUCUCUAUUUCUCAAUCGUCUUCAGUGCCUUGAGCAGCGCCUUAGAGAUAUUCUCUUUAUAUGUCCAGCGGCCGAUCGUAGAAAAGCAAUCCCGUUAUGCGUUGUAUCAUCCUUUCGCAGAGGCAGUGGCUUCCAUAAUCUGCAAUCUCCCGACCAAGGUCCUAUCUGCCGUAUGCUUUAAUAUACCCCUGUACUUUAUGGCCCAGUUGAGGCAGGAGGCCGGUUCGUUCUUCAUAUUUCUCCUAUUUGGAUUCACGUGUACGUUCACAAUGUCCAUGAUUCUCAGGACUAUCGCACAAACGACUCGCACCGUACAGCAAGCCGUGACACCCGCUGCUAUCUUCAUACUAGGUCUGGUUAUAUAUACCGGGUUUAUUCUCCCUACGAGGAGCAUGCAGGGUUGGCUUCGCUGGAUUAAUUGUCUAGAUCCAAUCGCGUAUGCCUACGAAAGCCUCGUCGCGAACGAGUUUUCAAACCGGCAAUUUCCUUGCGCCCAGUUUGUGCCAAUGGGUCCUUCCUACGCGAACGUUACUCCCUUGGAGAGGGCGUGCUCUGUCGCAGGUGCCUUACCCGGCCAGGACUUUGUUAGCGGCGACACGUUUAUCAACGGAAAUUUCGGGUUCUAUCAAUCUCAUAUCUGGCGAAACUUUGGCAUCCUCGUUGGCUACAUCGUGUUCUUCGGAAUAGUAUAUAUGCUUGCGGCAGAAUAUCUUUCACUUGACCAAUCCAAGGGCGAAGUCCUGGUCUUCCGUCGGAACCAUGCUGCUUUGGAUGCUAAGAGAUCACAAGACGAAGAAUCCGGAACCGUAGGCAUCCCGCCACCCAAGAGGUCGGAUCCUUUGCCGAAAAACGAGAAGGAGCAGGGAGGCAAAGAUCCUGCCGAUACUCCUACCGAACAGACUUUAGCCACCCACAGCCAGAAAGCUUUUCACUGGGUCGAUGUAUGCUACGAAAUUUCAAUUAAGGGCCAAUCUAGACGGAUUCUGGAUCAUGUUGACGGGUGGAUUAAGCCCGGGACCCUAACAGCUUUAAUGGGUGCGACUGGAGCAGGAAAGACCACUCUUCUUGACGUAUUAGCCGACCGCGUAACAAUGGGCAUAGUCAACGGUGAUAUUCUAGUCAACGGAAUUCCUCGCGGGAACGCUUUUCAAAGACAGACCGGCUACGUCCAACAACAGGACAUACACCUUGGAACGGCGACUAUUAGAGAAGCCUUACGGUUUAGCGCGGCCCUUCGACAACCUUUCAAUGUCUCAACAGAAGAGAAAUACGCUUAUGUGGAGGAAGUCAUCAAACUCUUGGAUAUGGAAGCAUACGCCGAUGCAAUAAUCGGCGUGCCUGGCGAAGGUUUGAAUGUCGAGCAGCGCAAGCGUCUGACUAUAGGGGUUGAGCUUGCUGCGAAGCCAGAUCUACUCAUUUUCUUCGAUGAGCCCACGUCUGGGCUCGACAGUCAAACGGCGUGGUCAAUCACAAGUCUCCUAAGAAAAUUGUCUGAUAAUGGUCAGGCAAUCCUGUGUACCAUUCACCAACCCUCUGCCAUGUUAUUCCAGCAGUUCGAUCGGCUAUUGCUGUUGAGCUUCGGGGGGAAGACUGUAUACUUUGGAGACAUCGGCCAAAAUUCGACGACGCUCACCGAGUACUUCGAACGCCACGGGGCUACUCCUUGCGGCGUUGACGAAAACCCUGCGGAGUGGAUGCUGCGAGUUAUUGGGGCUGCCCCCGGAGCCCAUGCCGAACAAAAUUGGCACGAGGUCUGGCGUAGUAGUAAGGAGUAUGAAGCCAUACGAAAAGAGCUUAGGGUCAUGGAACUGGGACCACCAGGCACCGAGAAUGCUCGCAUAGAGGAAGACAACGACAAGAUGUCCACGGCGUUCUAUGCAACCCCCUUCCAUUACCAAUUCCUGUUGUGUGCCAAGAGAGUAUUCGAACAAUACUGGCGCACCCCUUCGUAUAUAUACGCCAAGUUGAUACUCUGCGGCGGCACGUCCCUCUUCAUCGGAUUGUCCUUCUUCAGCUCCGAGUUGACACUGUCUGGCCUUCAGAACCAGAUGUUUGCGAUAUUUAUGCUACUAGUCAUCUUCGCGUUCCUUGUUUACCAGACCAUGCCUCAGUUUAUCCUCCAGCGGCAGCAAUACGAAGCCCGGGAACGGUCAUCACGAGCGUACUCGUGGUAUACCUUUUUUCUCGCCAAUAUGGUCGUCGAGGUGCCUUGGAACACGUUGGCAUCCCCCCUGAUUUUUGUCCCGUUCUACUACCUCGUUGGGAUGAACGAAAACGCCAUUCCGACGGACUCUGUUACUGAGCGCGGUGGACUUAUGUUUUUUCUCCUCUGGACAGUCUUAGUCUUCGAGUCCACAUUCGCAGACAUGGUGAUUGCUGGCGUAGAAACAGCCGAGGUUGGGGCCGUUAUCGGUCUCCUUUUGUUCGCUAUGUCUUUAAUAUUUUCGGGUGUAAUGGUCCCUCGGAGCUCUCUACCUGGGUUCUGGAUCUUUAUGUACCGAGUCUCACCAUUUACAUAUAUCAUCAGUGCUAUGCUUGCCGUUGGCGUUGCGAAUCACGAAGUCCGCUGCAGUACCCUUGAACUCUUGCACUUUCAACCUCCCAAGGGAGAGACUUGUGGUCAGUACGUUGACCCCUACAACCAGGUAGCCUUCGGUGCUGUAUACAACCCAGAAGCUACCUCGAACUGCAAUUUCUGCUCCCUAGCGAAUACCGAUACUUUUCUUGCGUCCGUCGACUCGUUCUACGCCGAUAGGUGGCGCAAUCUUGGCCUGAUCUGGGUUUACAUCGUUUUCAACGUUGCUGCCGCCUUGCUCCUCUACUGGCUUGCCCGAGUCCCUAAGAAAAUAGAUUGGAAGCUUCUUCGGGAACUUAAGCACCAUAUUAUGCCAAAGCGUUGA